UGGAACCGGGAUGGAUGGAUGGUUGGAUGAUGAAUGGCGAUGAGGGGACGGCGGAUGACGAUCGCAGAAUCUCGUGCGGAGAGAAGAAGGAAACCCCACUUUGAUUUUUCGCAUCGCUGCUUUGCUUUCCUUUCGCGUCAUCCAUCCACUCCCCCCCAUUCUCAAUCUGCUUCAUCGCUUAAUUCUACUUAGUACCAUAUUACAAUGCCUCACGCAGACUCCUCUUACUUCGGCGCCGGCAAUGGCUCCAAAUCCGAAGUCUACACUCAGGUCCUAGAGCAAGCUCGUGGUUUGGUAUACGACCAGCGCAACUGGGUCAGUAACUUCUCUAACGUCGCCUCUCUCCUCUGGCACGCCUACGCCGCUCUCCCCGCCCCCUCCUCCUCUGUCAACUGGGCCGGAUUCUACAUCCGCCAGGAUAAGUUCCCCGUCCUCGGCGCCGCACCACCCUCCGAAGAGGACAGCAACAAGAAGCCCGUCCUUCUCCUCGGCCCUUUCCAGGGUCGUCCGGCAUGCCAGGAAAUCCGCUUCGGGCGGGGUGUGUGCGGAACGGCGGCGGAGAAGCGCGAGACGGUCGUCGUGCCGGAUGUCGAGAACUUCCCGGGGCAUAUUGCUUGCGAUGCGAGCAGCCGGAGUGAGAUUGUGGUGCCGAUUUUGAGUAAGGGGGAGACUGUUGCGAUUAUCGACAUUGAUUGUGCGGAGCCCAAUGGGUUCGAUGAUGAGGAUAAGAAGUAUUUGGAGGAGUUGGCGGCGUUGUUGGCGGAGUGCUGUGAUUGGUAAUUACUACACAGUAGUAUGGUGUGAUGUGUGUAUAGAUCAGUCGUUGUGGGUAUGAUGAUUUGGGUAUGGUUUUAUGAUAUAUAGAUUGGUGGAGUAAUGAUGAGAUGGUAGUCAUGAUGGCUUAAAGCAUAUAUUCCCAGUGCGAGAUUGCAUUAUCCUGGGUUGUUCGGUUCUUCAAUUUCUAUCGCAACGUGCAUAAAUG